AUGAUUCUCAAAGUCCUCAAUUUUUUUCUAUUUUCUACACUUCGCUUUUCUCAACCUUUAUCAUCAUCAUCAUCAUCAUCAUCAUCAUCAUCAUCAUCAUCAUCAUCAUCAUCAUCAUCAUCAUCAUCAUCAUCAUCAUCAUCAUCAUCAUCAUCAUCAUCAUCAUCAUCAUCAUCAUCAUCAUCAUCAUCAUCAUCAUCAUCAUCAUCAUUUGAAAGCAUAUUACACAUUUUUUACUCCUUUUGACAACGUGAAAUGAGGAGAAAAGUUAAAAAACAAGGUAAAAACUGAAGUGUUCGUACAGCUAUGAUUAUCUACGUAUAAUAUUUCAAGUCUUUGUUUUGGCUUAUCUUCGAGAUAAUUCUUUACGCCCUAAUAAAUGUGAUUAAAUAAGUCUCAACAAUUUUAUAAGCUAAGGUGCAUAGUGGAAUCAAGGAUAGGAGUUUCGUUAGAUUUGGUACUCGUCAGCUAGAUGUACAUAAAUGUCCAUUAUGGAAUUGAACCAAGUAUCAUUCACUUGAGAUGCCAUCGUGUUAUCAAACGAAUUUUAACCGAAAGACUAAUACGUGAGAACGAACGUGUGUGUACAGAGACGGAUACGCAUCAAAUGGAGGUGAAGCAAUGCAAGUCAUAGUAAUUACUAAAUUUCAAGCACAUAUUAUUGAGAAAGUGAAUAAUUUAUCGAUCAUUAUUAAAGAGACAACCAUUUAAGUUAGAGUGUAGGAUAUGUGAAUAGACUGUCAUAUCUGUUUAAGCAUAUAUGUUUAUACAAACAUAAUAAUAAUGUAAUGAAAUAGACACACUGUCACUGUUCGAAAGAUACUGCCUGUUAAAUUGAAUGAAUCAACAAAACUAAUCAUAAGCAACCUUAAUUCUAAAAGAUGUUCUAUAUCAUUAUUACAUUUCAAGAUCAUGAUCGUCAUUGUAUUCUACCAAGAUGUCAAUUACACAUCAUUUUUGGGUUAAUUAAUACACCAUUAUCAAUGUUGUAUUUAUUUAUUUGAUCCCCUUUUCAAUCCGGUUCCUUUGAUUCUAUAGAGCGAAAGGGGGUUGAAUCAAUAUUUAAUGCACUGAUGAGGUAAUGGCAAUCCACAAACUCAAGCUUGAACUUUGUAUUUAUUUAUAAUAAUAGUUUAAAACAUAGAUCCUUUUUAAAGUGAAGACAAUUCAAGGUUCAUUUAAUGGAUGAUAAGAUCUUUAAUUGUUUUAAAUUGUUGAAUAUAAAGAAUUAUUGAAGGAUUUGAAUGAAUUCUGUAUACCUUAGAGUAUGUUCAAUCCACUUCCAAUGUCUUUUCCUAAUUUCCUCUUCAGCUGGAAGCUAGUUUGUCCACUCGCACAGUAGGCUGUUGUUGAUGGUAUCCCAACAGUGAGUGUUGAGUAUGUUGCGUAGAAAACUGUUUAUAAAUACUUGUAUAUUCUUGACAAUGGAUAUGGCAGUCCUCUACUUUUCAGCUCCGUGCAGUAUGACUGUCUUGAUGUUCGUAUUGAAGAUUCUCACUUU